AUCCACCAGAGAGCCAAAAAAACUCCCACUUAAAAACCCUAGUCCCCCUUCUCCCUCCUUCUCCCUCCCUCCCUCCCUCUCCCUCUCCCUCUCUCUCUCUCUUCCUCUGCAAGCUCCGAUCCGCGACAAUGGCAGCCAUGCUGCAACCGCAGAUCAUCCUGCUGAAGGAAGGCACGGACACGUCGCAGGGGAAGGGGCAGCUGGUGAGCAACAUCAACGCCUGCACGGUGGUGGCCGACGUCGUCCGCACCACCCUCGGCCCCCGCGGCAUGGACAAGCUGAUCCACGACGACAAGGGCGCCGUCACCAUCUCCAACGACGGCGCCACCAUCAUGAAGCUCCUCGACAUCGUCCACCCCGCCGCCAAGAUCCUCGUCGACAUCGCCAAGUCCCAGGACUCCGAGGUUGGUGAUGGAACGACUACAGUGGUUCUACUUGCGGGAGAAUUUUUGAAAGAGGCUAAACCUUUUAUUGAAGACGGGGUCCAUCCUCAGAAUUUGAUUCGUAGCUAUCGGACAGCAUGCUCUCUUGCAAUUGAGAAGGUCAAAGAACUAGCCAUUAGCAUAGAAGGGAAAAGCUUGGAGGAGAAGAAGAGCUUGUUGGCUAAAUGUGCUGCUACAACACUUUCUUCGAAACUCAUUGGUGGAGAGAAGGAGUUUUUUGCUUUAAUGGUCGUUGAUGCUGUUAUUGCAAUUGGAACUGAUGACAGACUGAAUAUGAUUGGAAUCAAGAAGGUGCCGGGUGGUAGCAUGAGAGAUUCAUUCCUUGUUGACGGUGUUGCUUUUAAGAAGACAUUUUCCUAUGCAGGUUUCGAACAGCAGCCAAAGAAGUUUCUGAAACCCAAAAUACUUUUGUUGAACAUUGAACUGGAACUGAAAUCUGAAAAGGAAAAUGCUGAGAUCAGACUUUCAGAUCCCUCACAAUAUCAAUCGAUAGUUGAUGCUGAAUGGAAUAUUAUAUAUGACAAACUGGAUAAAUGUGUUCAAAGUGGAGCAAAAGUCGUUCUGUCACGGUUAGCCAUUGGCGAUUUAGCUACACAGUAUUUCGCAGACCGAGAUAUUUUUUGUGCUGGUCGUGUGACUGAGGAAGAUCUACUAAGGGUUGCUGCUGCAACUGGUGGAACUGUACAGACAUCUGUUAACAAUGUGAUCGAUGAGGUUCUUGGUACUUGCGAAAUUUUUGAGGAAAAGCAAGUUGGGAAUGAAAGGUUUAACAUAUUCAGUGGGUGCCCAUCAGGUCUGACAGCAACUAUUGUUCUUCGUGGUGGAGCGGAUCAGUUCAUUGAAGAGGCUGAGAGGAGUCUACACGAUGCAAUCAUGAUUGUUAGAAGAGCUCUGAAGAACUCCACUGUUGUUGCUGGUGGCGGCGCUAUAGAUAUGGAGAUAAGUCGAUAUUUGAGGCAGCAUGCACGCACAAUUGCAGGGAAAUCGCAGCUUUUUAUUAAUUCAUAUGCCAAGGCACUUGAGGUCAUUCCUCGUCAACUCUGUGACAAUGCUGGCUUUGAUGCAACUGACGUGUUGAACAAAUUGAGGCAGAAGCAUGCUCUCCCAUCUGGAGAAGGUGCACCUUAUGGAGUGGAUAUUAACACCGGUGGAAUUGCUGAUUCUUUUGCCAACUUUGUUUGGGAGCCAUCUGUUGUGAAGGUUAAUGCAAUAAAUGCGGCUACUGAGGCUGCUUGCCUUGUAUUAAGUGUGGAUGAGACAGUAAAGAACCCUAAGUCUGAGAGUGCCCAAGGAGAUGCUGCUGCUAUGGGUGGCAGAGGGCGUGGAGGAGCUGCUUUCCGUGGUGGGCGUGGACGUGGAAUGAGAAGGCGAUGAGCUGCUCAGAACCAUGGAAACGAUUCUGUAGCGGUUUGGUUCUCUUUAUCAUCGUGCCAGUGUUCAUCGUCCAGUCCUUUCCGGGGUCGUGAUUCGAAACCUGUGUGACCCUGCUUGAAUCUUACAGAGUGAGAUGGCUUUGGAUGGGAUGGUCAAUUUAUUAAUCAAAUUUUUGUAUAAGGACGGUGAUUCUCUUCCUCUAAUGAUUGCUGGUUGGCAAUUGAAGAUAUUUGAUGUGGGAUAAAAAGAUCUAUUUGUGAUAUGAAAUUUUGGCUGCGCAACCUUUUAGUUC